AUGGAGAAAGAGAGAAUAGCCGUAGAGGAGGCAGAAAACCUCAGCAAACAUGUAGCAGUAGAUAUCAACAGUGCAUGGUUGAAUUCCAUGAAUGAGAAGCUGGCAGCCUCUAAUCCAAAUCCAUCUCCCAAAGAUUCAACCACCAUCUUCAGAGUCCCCCAAAUCAUCCGGCAGACCGAUGCAGGCAACUCUUAUGAUCCCCAGAUCAUCUCCAUCGGCCCAUUUCACCGGUCCAACCAACAGCUACAAUCCAUGGAAGAGCACAAAUGGCGGUACCUAAACAACCUCCUCUCUCGAAGCCCAUAUAGUAGGCUGGAAGACUGCCUCAUGGAGAUCAAGGCCAUGGAAGCCCAAGCACGCAGCUGUUAUUCAGACAGCAUCGACGUCAGUAGCGACGAGUUCGUGGAGACGAUGGUAAUCGACGGUUGCUUCAUCAUCGAGCUCUUUCUCAAGCAGAAGGAGGCCACUGCGGUGGACCCCAUUUAUCAGACGGCUUGGAUGAUACCACUUAUAGCCCGAGACAUGCUUCUCUUAGAAAACCAACUUCCUUUCUUCAUCCUACAGCGCUUGUUCGAACUUACAGUUAAAUCCAGCCAUUCAUCUCUCAUCGAUCUCACGUUUGAUUUUUACAGGCAUCUCUUUAUUAAGGAUGACGGAUUGCACAUUACAACAAGAUCCAUCCAUCAUCUCCUCCAUUUAUUUCACUCACAUCUCCUCCCAUCUCCUCCACCAGAUGAAUUACACCCCAACGGUUACGCUCCCCUCCCUAGCAUGCCCUCAGCAGCCCCACCGCCACCGAGAAUGAUACCUUCAGCAACAGAACUCCAGCUGGCUGGAGUUAGGUUCAAGAAAAACGACAAGGUGUCCAGCUUCUUGGAUGUAAAAUUCAGUAAGGGGGUGAUGGAAAUCCCACUUCUAUCUAUCUACGAAUACACAGGCAAUCUCCUCCGAAACUUCAUCGCCUUCGAGCAAUGCCUUCCCAUCGUCGGUAACCACUUCACCAGCUAUGCCAUCCUCAUGAAUUGCCUCGUCGACACAUCCACCGACGUGGACAUACUCUACCAAAGCAAGAUCAUUGAGCACAGAUUGGGCAGCGACGAUGAGGUGGCCCGUCUCAUCAAUCAGAUGACCGACGGAAUUACCAUCGAUAUUGAAAAUUGUUACCUUUCGAGUCUCUUCAAGGAGGUUAAGGCGUAUAGUGAGGAUGUUUGGCAUGCAUGGCGGGCUAGCAUGGUUCGCAACUAUUUCAGCAGUCCAUGGGCGAUUAUUUCACUCAUAGCUGGCAUUCUCGCUUUCAUUCUCACUAUUACGAUGUCUUUUUUCAGUAUCUAUUCAUUUUUCCACCCACCUCGCCUUCGUUCUAACUCUGUUUUGAUUAAUCGUAUGAUCGAUGGCUACCCUAUGUAA